AUGUUGGACCAUCACGACUCGACCGACGGCGCUGCUGGCGGCGGAAGGGGCUAUCCCGAGCAGCAGUAUCAACGGCCAAACCCAAGACGCGGUGGACCGGGGCCGUAUGCACCACCACCGCCCAGGUUGCAGUCAAGGCCGCAGUGGCCGACCGCCGGACCCUGGCCGAAACACGAUGACGCUGAUGCUGCAGAUGCGUUCGAGCACCCUCCCCAGCGCCGACCUUUCCGCUUGCAAAACCCCCCACCCGGCCCAAUGCGUCCUUCAGGUUCGCGCAGGCCGACCCUCGAGCUGAAAUCCAACUCGCCCGUUGACAGCCGGCAGACGACGCCAAUCGAACCCAAUAUGGUGGUGGAAAAUUUCUCACGGCCGCGGAAAACCAGUGUCAGAUCGCAGCAAUCAGACGGUGCCCUGUCGCGGCGCAUGGUGGGACACCGGCUACACGCCGAGCCGCCGCUGUUGGAUCAGCCGCCGCCGCCAACCAGCAACCCACAAGGGCCAACGAGUUUCAGUUCGGCCCCAAAUCCGUGGCCGAGAACCCGUCGGCUUUCUGGCUCUUCUUCCCAGUCCUCCAGCACCUUCUCCUCAAUCCCACCCCGUCCGAGCAACGACGGCCUCAACAUUGCUCCGAGAAGCGAUUACUCAAGGCACCCAAAUGCAGGUAUCAUCGCUCCGACGCCCGUCUUCCCGAGGCCACCGCCGGCCCACCACAACUACAGCGGCCCUUUUCAGACACACCUCCGGGAGAUCCCCCCGUGGCUAGCGGCCGGUGACGAGCUUCGGUCGAGUUUUCGGUCGCAGUUCACUUCCUCCACGGCACAGGGGACCUUUUUCACCGCGAAUGGGACCGAGAGAAAUAGCGUUUUGACCAAGGCGAGCAGCGUCACGGAGCAGUCCAUCAUUAACGGAUAUGCCCGGAGGAGUUGGCGAGCGAAUUCCGUGGAUGACGGCCCGAGCUUGGAGGACGUAAUGGGCAUGUACGAAAGAGGUUUCAACGACUCGGAUAUCGAGAGCCUUCGUCGCAGCAUGAGGUUUACCGAAGACGACGACAUCCCCGAAACCGAUCCCAACUUCGAGGUGCCACCGAUAGAAGGUUCGCGACCGGCCAGCUGCCAUUCCGACGCGAGCGGGUUGCGGGCGAAGAUGCUGGAAGCAAUGGGCGACAGCCUGCCAGCUUCCAAACCACUUCCGAUACCCGAAUCGGGAUGUUCAACGGCGAGGCAGUCGAGGACCCGACGCUCGCUAUUGCCGAGUUCGUUACCGAGUGAGGUCGGCCUGGGCCUGGCGACCGAGCAAAUACCGAGACGGGACAAGGCCGAGUCGGAUACCGUAGAGAAACACGACUCCGCAAAGCUGCUGGAUGGCGACGAAGAUUCGGUAAUCCCUCGGGAGACAACUUCCCAACCGCCCACACCGACCUCGCCAACCUCGCCAACCUCGCCAGUGCAGGCGCAAUCCCCAAAGGCUGACCUGCCUUCGCCGCACGCCACCACGCCGCCGGUUAUCCCUCGCCUGCCGCAGGAACCGCCGGAAGAGCCGGGCAGCCGUGAUCGGUACGGGUUCCGAAAAGCCAGUGCUAAUGUCAGCCGCCAGGAAUAUGAUGCCUGGGACAGUACGUACAGCGAGUACCUGGCUCGGAGACGCAAGAAGUGGAUUGCAUUCCUCAAGGACAACUCUCUAAUGACAGACCGGCCAAACCGAUUCCCCCCUCAUAGUGCAAAGACAAAGCGCUUUAUCCGGAAAGGAAUACCACCAGAUUGGAGGGGCGCCGCCUGGUUUUACUAUGCUGGAGGGCCCGCUAUUUUGAGUAAACACCGUGGGGUUUAUGACCAGCUGGUGCAGCGAGCUGGCCUGAAACCGAACGGCGCAGGUGUGGCACCUCACCAACCCGGCGAGGUGAAGCCUCUGGUCGUCGAGGAUAUCGAGAAGGAUCUUUACCGGACAUUUCCUGAUAACGUGCGGUUCAAACCGCCACCGCCACCCGCUGGAACGAGCUCUGCUCCGCCGGCCCCAUCACCGCCGGCUACUGAGCCCGAGAUUAUCGCGUCGCUUCGGCGCGUCUUACACGCCUUUGCGCUUUACAACCCGCGCAUCGGCUACUGCCAGUCCCUGAACUUCCUCGCGGGGCUGCUGCUCCUGUUUGUCGAGACCGAGGAACAAGCCUUUUGGCUGUUGAAUAUCAUCACCCGAGUCUACCUGCCGGGGACGCACGAGAUGAGUCUCGAGGGGUCCAAGGUUGACUUGGGCGUUCUGAUGGUUGCGUUGAAAGAUUCCAUGCCAGGAGUGUGGAAACAGAUCGGUGGCGACGAGCUCGAGGCGGGCAAAAAGAACAGAGGGCGGCGGAACAACAAGUCAGCGCAUGGUGGCAACCCCGGCAGCAUCAGCGAUCCCAACCGCCUCCCCGCCAUAACGCUGUGCAUGACGGCUUGGUUCAUGUCCUGCUUCAUCGGCACCCUCCCCAUCGAAGCCGUGCUCCGCGUCUGGGACGUGUUUUUCUACGAAGGCUCGCGCACCCUGUUCCGUAUCGCCCUGACCAUUUUCAAGCUCGGCGAGCGCGAGAUCAAGGCGGUGCAGGACCCGAUGGAGAUGUUCGGCGUCGUGCAGACCUUCCCCCGCCGCCUGGUCGACUGCAACUUGCUCAUGGAAACGUGCUACAAGCGGCGCAACGGCAUCGGCCACCUCAGCCAGGAGUCGGUCGAAGAGAAGAGGCAGGAGCGGCGGGAAGGCAUCCGCCGGUGGAAGACGGAGCAAGAAGCCGCUGCCAGCGAUACCAACAGCCCGCGGCCCUCGACGAGGCAGCGGUUCGGCGCGGGGGCGCUGGGGCUGGACCUGGCGGCCGACCUCGACGAGGUGCGCCGGAAAGCCACGCUGUUCGGGCGGCGAAAGGAUCGCGAGCAGGCCCGAGCUGCCGAGGUGGCCUAG